AUGAUGCAGAUCCACUACAACCUGAUGUACCAGAGUACGUGUGACGCAUUCGGCAGACGCGGGGUCAUCCCGGAUGCGGUUGCACAGGAGAUGGGGAUUGUGCUGAUGCGCUCUACCACCAGCAAUGCGUUCCAGAAUCUCAUGAAGCACUGCUUUCCCAAUGAGAUGGCGAAUGUUGAUGUAGAUAGUUUCCUGCUCAACUAUUCUAUCUCGAACCCGAUGGUGAACGUUGCCCUGAUGAGCCUGCAAAGCGUUGACGAUGUGGAUUGGACAAAUGCUGUAUCGGACAAUGUCGAUGCAAGAUUGGAUCUGCAAGCGAUUUAUGGGAGGUAG